UAAUUCUUUGUCUAUCAACCUUCUCCUCGCCAUACACUUGUACCUAUUCUUAAAUAUCUGUCUCAACUCAACCGCAUUACCUCAACUUCUCGAAUAAUGUACGUGCAUGUAGGUAUCGUUCCAUCGGCACACUACACGCAGACUCAGCCGCGGAUGGCCUUUCGUUCGUCAUUCUACAUACCCACAUAUAACAAGAAAAUUUUGCAGGACUAGACAAAGUGGCGACUGGCAUCUGGUAGCUGACCCUAAUCUAACAAGAUUCAAUGCGGCAACGUCAGUCACCUCGAGGACUUCUUCGCGGUGACCACGAAUACGGGUGCUGAAAUUUAUUGGUGACCAUGAAAAAUUGAUCGGUGUUGUCAAUAUAUUCUGUUCAAUUUCACUGCAUAACUAUGCAAAGUAAUUUGUCAAUCACGAUCCCAUUAACGCGUACGUAAAUGCAGUAUUCAAAUUUCGAGUAUGCCUACGGUGCAACAAGGUGGUUGAUAAGACUUGCGAAAAGUGCUCGUAAUUUACGUUUCCACCUGACAAUUACCUCGGUAAAGAAUAUAAACGAAACGUCUGCACGAAGUAUGAACAUAUUAAAAAGUAUGGAUAGUGGCUCCUGAUUUUAACGUGAACUGCACUUUAUAAUCUCUUAAAUAUCUUUCACAAAAUGAUCGAAUCGAUGAAAUAUGUUACGAUGCGUGCUUAUUGUAAUCUUACUAAUAUCACUUCAUGGAUCAUCAACGAUGAAAUUGAAGUCAUCAACAAUCGAUAAACGAGUCAGACGUUUGAUUCGAUCUUGGGCACCUUUGGUUUGGCUGGCACCUGACGAACAGUUCUUGCCCAUCGGAGUUCCGGAGUUCCUACAAAAUGUGCAAACAGCUAAGGACGGUGAUUACCUCAGCACUCGCCUUGAAGUGGAGAAGCUCCUACAAAACAAGUCCUCGUUCCUUUAUGGGAGGAAACCUUGGAUGGAUAUCGUUCCAGUUUAUGCGCUUGUUGAAAACUGUGCACUAAUGGACAUAGAGAACAAGAAAAGGAAGUUGAAUCAGACGGAUCAGGAUGAUGAGAACGAAAUCGAUUUUGCCUUAAAGGUCAAAGAAUAUCGUGAACUUGAGGAAAGCCUCAUCUACAACGAAACAAGAAUACAAUUGCCUCAUUUCCAUGUUACUUAUUGGAUGUUUUAUCCAUUCAACGAAGGUAAGACUAUCUGCGUCCUCGAUCUUGGCUAUCUCGGCUCCUGGCCGAUACCCUUGGUUGGAGGGAAAUGUUUUGGAGAGUUCAAGGAAUAUGGGAGUCACGUCGGAGACUGGGAGCACGUGAGCCUCUUUUUUAAGGGCAAUGAUUACCCCCUGGCGAUGUACGUUUCCGCGCAUGACGCGGGUGCCUUUUACCGAUUCGAUGACGUUAACAAGACAUUCGUUUACGAAGGUCAAGAAACUCGAAAGGGGAUAUUCCAAAAACCAAUAUUUCCAGUACGUGUCUACACGACAGGAAGUACCCACCCUGUUCUUUUUAGUGCUAAAGGAUCUCAUGGACUCUGGACGACCCCAGGAAAACACAAUUUUGUUCGUUUACCAAGAUUAUACGACGAGAGCGGUUUUGGCUUCCCUUGGCCGACGUGGAGAAGAGUAGAGAUUCUUCCGCGAAAUAAACAGAACGCUUUACCGGCGUGGAUGAAUUUCAAAGGAAGAUGGGGAAAUCCAAAGGCCAAUUGUCAUCCCUUGGCAAAACUAGGAAUUAACUUUUGUCAAUUCGUUGACGGGCCCACGGGAAUCCCUCUGAAGAAAUUUAACUUUCAUUGCCAAUGACCCUCUUUUCACUGGCGAAAUUAUUUUAAGAAAAUAUUUGAUCUAAAGUUCAAACCAUUCUGAGUGUCUUGAUAUACGAAUGA